UCUACGUACGUACUGUACGUAGCGCUGGAGCAGCAGGGAAUAAGGAUACCGUCAAAGAAACACCGUCAAUAAACGACGUUAUCUCCCUGUUAGCUAGCUGUCGACAGAUAACCCUUCACUAACCCCUGUUAGGAAGGACCUGCACUGACAGUCUCCACUGUCUGUUUCCAGCUGCUGUUCGGUGACCAGCGUUAUUCCACACAUACAGUAGCAGAUGAAGGUGGCAAUGCCUGAAAAACAUGUCUCACAAAGAAGAUAAUGAAGGGAAAAGGAGCUGUCACCGCACUGAAUUGUACAGCAGUGUCCCUCGAACAUGUCUGCCCAUUGUGUACCACCCAGACUACAACAUCACCUUCAUGGGCCUUGAAAAGCUCCAUCCAUUUGAUGCAGGGAAGUGGGGGAAAGUCAUUCACUUCUUGAAAGAGGAGCAGUUCAUCACGGAUGGGAACAUCGUGGAAGCCCGGGAAGCCACUGAAGAGGAUCUGCUGGUGGUUCACACCAAACGCUACCUCAACAGAUUAAAGUGGUCUAUGGUGGUGGCAACAAUCACAGAAAUCCCACCUCUCCUGCUUCUGCCUAAUUUCCUGGUGCAGCGGAAAGUGUUGAGGCCUUUGCGGACACAGACUGGAGGAACAAUAAUGGCAGGAAAACUGGCUGUUGACCGAGGAUGGGCUAUAAAUGUAGGAGGAGGCUUUCACCACUGCUCCAGCGACAAGGGAGGGGGCUUUUGUGCGUAUGCCGACAUCACUCUGGCCAUCAAGUUUCUGUUUGAGAGGGUGGAAGGCAUGUCCAGGGCUACCAUCAUCGAUCUGGAUGCUCAUCAGGAGCCAUAAAGAGGAAGGUGGAGCUGGACUGGGGCACUGAAGACUCAGAGUACCUUCAGAAGGUAGAGCUCCACUCUGAGGGAGCGCUGAACGAGGUGCGACCAGACAUCAUCGUCUACAAUGCAGGGACAGACAUCUUGGACGGGGACCCCCUCGGAGGACUCUCCAUAUCACCACAGGGCAUUGUAAAGAGAGAUGAGAUUGUGUUCAGGGCUGCGAGGCGACGGGGCAUCCCCAUACUCAUGGUGACGUCCGGGGGAUACCAGAAGAAAACAGCCCGCAUCAUCGCCGACUCAAUCCUCAACUUGCAGCAGCAGGGCCUGAUUGGAGCAGAGGCUUUGGAGGGGGAGGGGUCGUCAUCGCUGGUGACCAGCAUGAUGUGCAGCUCUGGAUCUGUUGGAUCCAGAUUCACUGCUGUCUGAGCCACAUUAACCCGCAGGUUAACACUCACAGGUUUGUCAUCUACAGCUGUGACAUUCAAAGGCACUCAAGCAACUUUAUAUUGACUGUGUGACAGCUGUGAUGACAUUGUAAGCUUACUGCUGUCACACAGAAAUGUGUUUGAAAUGUAUGACAGGGGCGUUACCUAAUGCUUGUUUGCACAUAUACAACACAAAAAAGUGUUUGUGCUUUGGUAAAUUUUUACAUUUUUUAUGUGUAAGUUGGCAGUUACUCAAAGGGAAUAAUCACUAAAAGAGAAAAAUGGUAGUGAAACAAUAGCGCUCUCCUGACUACAGCUGAUUUCAUAAGCUCUCACACGCCACAAAAAGAGUUGUUUAAAUUUUCAUUAGUAAGAGAAUGGUGGGUUUUAUGUUUAAUGUAUGUCCGGGGCAGCGUUUUAGAGAGGUAUUCUUUCAUCUCAGGAAAUGUAAUAAUGUAAUUUGUGAAAGAUAUGAUAUAUUAAUAGUUCAUGAAAUCAUAAAGAGGUUUGAUGUUCUUACAGAUACAUGGUAACUAUGUUAACUAUCCUCCAGCUCGGUUUAUGCUUAUGGCGGUGAUCAUUUCUAACUAUCACAUAUAAUCUAAUGGUGAUGUUUAACCUUCUUACGGAAGAUAACAUAGUAUCCAUUCCAUAAAAUUUAGUUUGUUAAUUUCUCAUAUAAAUUUGUGUUUUUCUCUAGAUAAUAAUAUAAUCAUUAUAGAGCUAAUUGUUGUUCAUUCAUCAACUUCAGCCACUGAUGACUGUUUUUAGUAGUUAGCAGUUAAUGUUUACAGGGAGGCCAAUAUGUUUUUACUGUGGAUACUAAAGUGUUUUGUCUUUUGAACAAAUUUGAAACACUAACUAACAUGUGACUGUGAGCACUUUAACUGGCGUAUGGUGAAAGAAAGUUGAGCAUUCCCAAACUCCUGAAAAUCAAUGUUCUUGUUGCAGUGUGCCCCCUUGGUCGACACAUCAAAGUCCAAAAGCUAUAAAGCGUUCAGUGAUUAAUGAGCCGGGCUGUACAGUGGAGCUUUACUCCUGAUUGGUUUGCUCUGGUCAGACAUACAUAACUCCUCUAAUGAUGUUUACACAUACAGUAGUUGUGUAAAAGGAGGCAAAAUAGAUCUUUAAAAAGAAUGGAUCUGUAUGAUCAAUGCAGCAGCUGGAAUGUCACGCAGCUUCCAAAAGACACUAAAGACUCUCCAUCAAACACAGACAGAAUACUAACUGAGUUCUGUACAGGUGUGUGUUUGCGUGUGUGUAAUGUUAAAUAAGCAAUUUGAAUUUCUGCCUAAAGUGAAGUGUUAGUGCGCCCUUUCUGUACUCGUACAUGAAAUACUCAUAUUGCUGCUUCAUGCUAAUGCAAAGCUUCAAAAGGUAACUAACUAGCAUGCUUGUGGUUUGAAAUUCAAGUUUAAUGUUUGAAUAUUUUCAUCAAAGGAUUAUUCUGGUCUAAUAAUGAUGCUGUAGUUACCAAGUGUUGAGAUCUGGGAAUAUGGCGACAUCGCUAAGAGAAAAGUCCUAUGAGCAGAAAAUUAAUUGGUAACUAUUUUGAUAAUCAUGAUUCCAAUAAAAAAAGUAAUUUUUCAUGUAAAAACAUUUCAUGGUUCCAGCUUCACAAAUUUGAGGAUUUGCUGCUUUUCUUUUUUAAAAAUAUAGGACAGUUGAAGAUAGACAGGAGUCUGUAUUUAAAAAAAAUUUCAGAAAACUGGUUAAUAACUUAAAAUUUUCAGUUGCAACUAUUUAAUAUUCAAGCGCCCAAAUAAUAAAAACUCUGAUUCACAGCUCACUGUGAACUAUUUAAUGCUAUAUCUAUUCAAAAAAGUUUUCAGCGCCAACAGUAGAAUCCUGCUUUUACAUGAAAGCAUGAGUCAUAAUAAUCUAAUGGUAUAAUAGUACCACGGUCACAGACACAUUUAUCUUUAUUUAAUAUUUCAACAACAUCCUGAUGAUACUUUUACCAACAUAACCUUUUCAAUGCAGGACUUGGACUAGAGUAUUUUUACAGGCAGAGUCUAAUUCCCUGCUGCUGUUGUUGUUUGAAGUUCUGAUUCAGCAUUUUCUGAGUGAAAUCGUGUCAAUUUCUGACCCCAGAAUCUGUCUUGCAAGGCGACAUAAUUGAAUUUUAGGGUUGCACCAUAUGGGUUUUGUUUUCAGUCGAUACAAUAACUGAUUGUUACAACACACAAAACACAUUUGGCUGGACAGUCAAAAAACUUUGAAGCCAUUUCUCUAUUUCAUUGUUAGUGUAGUUCCCGCAUUCAGCCUUUGGGGGGCAGUGUAGUUUAUGCACACUUGAUGGCAAGAAAGGCUGAGAUGUAGUAAGCGUCAAUGGAUGAUGUAAUAUUGUAUAGCUCUGACUGAACCAAAUCUAACUGACAGCACUGUUGUUUACACAACCAAAACCAACAACAGUUCUGCCUCUUUAAAUGUUUCAUCAAAAAGACUUUCAUAGAACAUCGUCAGAAUAAAUUAUCAACCGAUAAUUUAUCAGUUAUAAUUUAAGUAUUGGGAUAAUUCAUAUGAAUAUAAAUUUCCCAUAAUCGGCGUUUAAUUAUUGUACAUCCCUAGUGAGUUUUAAAGGCACAUUCUUCUCUGUCUGUGCCCUACUUUGUGAUGAAGGUUCAGUAACAGACAUUAAAUUAGCCAUGCUAAUUGACUUCCAGGCAACAACCUGGGGGAGCACAGUCGUCGAAGAGGGAUAGAUAGAUAGAUAGAUAGUUGCACACAUGUUCACUCCUGGGAAUUGCACAGCACACCAAGAUAUGUACUGAUAUCACAGAUUUGAUACAUCCUGCAGUGCUGAAUAAGUGUUUGGAAAGAAUCUGGCAAGACAAACACCCAAAUUAGAAGAGAUGUUAAUGUAACUGUGAAUGUGGCCACAUAGUGUAGAUAAUAAAACCACAUCCUCUGCGCACUUUGUCUGCCACUGCAUUAGAUGUGUUUUUUUUGCAGCCGAGCAGACCUGAAGUGGCAGCUGGCAGGUGCUGCUGCUGCUGCAAUGAUUAUCUAAUGUAUUUUCACAUUCAUUAUCUUUCACUGCUCUGGCUUCACUCUGCUGUUUAAAAAAAACGUUGCAAAAGUUAGCAGUGGAGUACAGACUCAUGAUCAUUUAAAGGAUUAAAAGGCAUGUCUUUGAACAGCAUGGAAAGCAGCGUUGCGGUGCUUAUCCAUGAAGCUGUUUGGACACAUUCAUAAUGAAAUGUGAACGGCGGGCAAUAUUAGCAGUGUCAGUGCUAAUUAGCUAAAGCUUUUGAUCUGGUGUGCUGCUUGUGAAUGUGGCUGAAAGGUUUAGUGCAAUCUACCUUUAAUUAGGACUCGGAAUAUAUGAAUUAUUGCCUGUCCUUAAUACCCAAUGCGAUCCCAGAUCCCAGCUCAUCAGCUCCUUUCUGUGUCGGCCAGUGCUUUAAUCGUUUGAUUGAAUGUUGUGUGCCAAAAAUAACACCGAAGUCUUCAAAGCUGUACUGUAUGUUUUUUGGGUGUGUUUGCGGUUUGUGCUGACAUUGAGAAUUACUACUAUGCAUUCAUAAUGAUAUUGAAUAAAUCCAUAACAACCAAA